GUACAGUUCAACAAACUGAAACACCCUUUUAUACUUUUAUCGCUACGAAUUUCAAAUCUUUAAUAAUCUUUUUUUAAUCUUUUUUUUUUCUUUGUAUUAUAGUGAACAACGAUGGUGUACUACUUUUAUGUUAUAAAUUAAUGCUAUAGAUUUUUAAAUGGUGUUAUGAAAUGUGAUUGAUUAGUGCGGAACAGAGGAUGAGUCCGUUAGGUGUAUUUAAGAAGACACACAAACAGAUAUCACCAGAGAUGAUACACGUGGACGAAACGGACCCCGUUGGAGAGAUAGAGCCACCAUUCGCAUACCGAGAUGUCACCAUCAAGCGCAGCACAGAUGUCAACGACUUCUACGAAAUGCUCUCGGAGAUCGGACGGGGUAAAUUCGGCACAGUAUACCUGUGUCGAGAGAAGAGCACCGGCCUGGAGCUAGCAGCCAAGCUGGUGUCGGUGGCAAGGCGGGACGAGCGUCGAAACGUCGAGCGAGAGGUGGACGUCAUGCGACGCUUGCGGCACCCGAGACUUAUACAGCUUUAUGAUGCGUACGAGUGGGGGAAACACAUGUGCGUCGUGCUUGAACUGAUCACCGGUGGAGAACUGUUCGAGCGAGUGAUAGAUGAAGACUUCGUGCUGACGGAGAGAGCGUGCACCGUCUUCAUGCGGCAGAUCUGCGAGGGCAUAGAGUUUGUUCACAGACAGAACAUACUCCACCUGGAUAUGAAGCCCGAGAACAUUCUCUGCCUGACCAAAUCCGGCAACCGCAUCAAAAUCAUCGACUUCGGCCUCGCGCGCUUCUUCGACCCGGAGAAGAAGCUGCAGGUUCUGUUCGGCACGCCCGAGUUCGUGGCGCCCGAGGUCGUCAAUUUCGACCAGAUCGGAUACGGCACCGACAUGUGGUCCGUCGGCGUCAUCUGUUAUGUGCUCUUAUCGGGCCUUUCGCCGUUCAUGGGUGAAACAGACAUAGAAACCAUGGCGAACGUCACGGUCGCUAAAUACGACUUCGACGACGAAGCGUUCACAGAGAUCUCGGAAGACGCGAAGGACUUCAUCGGGAAACUGCUCGUAAAAGACAAAGAGUUGCGGCCGAGCGCCACGGAGUGCCUGCGCCACCGCUGGCUGGCGCGCCGCGCGCCGCCGCCGCCGCGGCCCGCGCCCGCGCCCGCAGCGGACCACAAGCACGAGCUCGACGUCGCCAAGGACAACCUCAGGAUCUUCGUCGAGCGCUGGGGCGAGCACCCCAACUCGCCCUACGUCUUCGACAACCACGCGCACGAGAUCACCUGCCUCGCCGACGGCGGCUGCGAGCGAUCUUCCAUCGGCGGCUGCUCGCCUAGUCCCCGAAGCUCCUUGGCGAGCUCGCCCGACGCGGUAUUCGAUGAGGAUGAUUUGGAUCCUCCGCCGAUGAGGGAAACUAGUUACUUAGCACCCAGGUACAACCCGGUCGAACGACGGGCGUCCGACAGUUCCUGCUUCCUCCACAAACGGCAAGACGUCCUCGUGAGAAAGAAUCUAGCCGAGGAAAUCAAGAAGUUAUCGGAUCAUCUAUUCCUACUAUCGACUAUGAAUACGGACUUAGCUAAUAACAAUAAUGUAAAAGAAUUAGACAAAAAUAUAACGGAAUCGAAAACGGUAGCAAAGGAGGAAAAGAAACUAACGAACGGUUUCAAAAGAGAUACUAAUACGACAGUCACAAAAACCGUCACGAAUGGAGACGCUAGCAAUAAGGAAAAGAAAAUAUUUACGUCGAAAUCUAGUCACAGAAUAACUUCCACGUUUUUGACUGAGAAGGAACCGACGAGGCCGGUGACGAGCAACAUGCCCUGGGCGAAGGCGGCUCGAUCCAAAAAAGUCACAAAUAGCAGUCGAGACGUAGCCGAGCAGCCUUUGGAGAGGCGAAACAGCUUCUUCAAUGAGUUCGACAAAAGGCGGGAGAAAAUAGAUAAAUUGGUCAACGGUUCAGAGAACGGCAGACGGGUGCCUUACAGACGAGGUGACGAGAACAAUGCUCAUAGGACUAAGGACCUCCUUCUGCAUCUUCUAGAAAAAUGGGGCGAAUCAGAAGUAGAGGGCGAAAGAGCGGCCGGAGGCACCUCUAAUGGCGGAAGACACCAGUCCAUAUCCUUAGAGUGGUCACCGGCUAAUCAACUGGCACAGUCCUCCAUGUCCAGCCUCCACGCCUUCUACCAAAGACAGACCUCGGAAGACAAGGCGCAAAGAAAAAUAAUAACGAACAAUAUACAGAGUACUAAAUGAUUUUAUCUUGUAGUGCCAUGACUGUUACCAAAGUAACAAGAUGAGAUUAAAUUAUUAUUAUUUUUAAGGUAAUUUUAGACGAUGAAAUGACAACGUUGAAGUAAUCUAGUCGACUAAUCGCUGUUCUCUUUCACUCCUGGAGCAAGACUGAAACAAUUUUGUGGGAGAUGUUUUAUUUUAUACGGUGACAACUGACAAUAAGAAUCAUACUCUGAUGGCUGAAAACUUGUGUUCUUCUGAGUCAUUUUAUUUAAUUUGUACUUAUUUUUUUACUUAGUGAAAUCAGUCACACAUACACAGAUAGGUAUUAUAAUAAGUUCGUCUAAGCUAUUGAGCCUGUCCUAUAUUUAAUAUAGUAAAAUACGUACGUUUGUUACUUAACUAAACUCAGUUACGUACAAGGAUGCUGUAAUAAUUUUAUUAUACCUUUUGGUAGUUUUGGUUUAUGAUAUUUUGUUGUUAUGAAUAAUAAGGUUUUUAUUAAAAA